UUUGAUUUUAAGAUUGUAAAGAAAUGUAAUUUGCAUAGUUUGUUACUCAUGUUCAAACAGAAUUAAUUAUUAUCAGUAGUGUUACUGAUUACUUUAUUAUGAAGUUUAUUGUAUUGGAGAAGUUUCAUUUUGUUUAAUGUUUACUUUCUUUCCUUUAGAACAUGCAAUGAAGAAUUAUAAUUGAAACUGUUUUUUUGAUAUUGUUGUAUGUUGACAAUUUAUUUUUGUUGUUAUAUCAUUUCUUAUCCUGUGUGUUAAAAUUAUUUGAUGUGCAAGAAAUGCUAUGCAUGUCAUGAAUUAUCAAAUCCAUUCCAGGUAUAUUACCAAUGUAGAAAUAGAUUUAUUGCAUGUUUGUGUACUUUUUAUUUCUAUCAUAUGCAUUACAUUUUUAAAACUUAAUAUACAUUUGCAACAUACAUGAAAUUUGUGAGAUUGAUAAUCGUGUUGGCAUUAUAAUUUGUCUGCAUAUUUUCCCUUUAAUUUUAAAUGUCAGUUAAGUUCAGAAUAGUGUGUUAUCUUUUAAAACUGAGUGAAUUUUUUUCAUAAUAGAAUUUCUACCAAAAUAAGGUCACUUUUAUGAAAGAGCUUUGUUUUUCAAAGUGUCUGGAAAACGGUUUCUUGUUGAUCUAUUAUCUGAUAAAUAUAUUUCAUGGUUUCAGUUAAUUGACAGAGUACAUGAUAGCAUUUGAAUGAUUUUUUAAAUGAAAAACAAAAAGUUUACAAUAAUUCUUUAAAUGCAAGCAUGUGUUGGCAAGCACUUUAACUUAGAGAACAUGUUUGGAUUCUUUCACAGAACUAUGUGCUUGUGCAAAAAUAGAGGGGGGGUGCAUGUUGUGUGUAAAUUAAUGUAAAUUUUUUUUUAAUCGUAAUUUGUCUUUGCAGGAGAAAUCAAUUCAACCAUUGGAUCAGUAAGUCCAGCACUCAUCGAGAAUCAUCAUGCUCACAACAACGGAGAUCUAGGGUCACCCACCAGUGUGGAUGGCGAGUCAAUCCGAUCCCCCGAUCUGUCGCCUAGCAAGAGUUUGCGCACAGAUCCGUCCAGCCAGCGAGAAUGGGAGGUUGAACCUCGAAAGAAGCGCUUUCCCAUCGAUCGUGCAUACUUCAUAGCUAAGGAAAUACUCAUGACAGAGCGGACGUACCGCAAGGAUUUAGAAGUCAUUACUGUGUGGUUCCGAGAAGAGGUGGGGAGAGAGUCUUCAGUUUCAGCUGUGGAGCAACUUCUGGCUCUUCUUGACCCUCUCCAUGAAGCUCAUUGUGCAUUUUUGCGAGAAGUGGAAACUCGUCUUGCCACAUGGGAAGGCCGCAGCAAUGCUCAUUUAAAGGGCGACUACCAGCGCAUUGGAGACGUAUUGUUACGCAAUCUGCUGAUGUUGCCUCAGCUGUACGAAGAAUACUUGGCCUGCCAUCUUGGAGUGCUGCAGCGCCUAGAUGAGGCUCUUGGAUCAAGUGCUCGCUUUGAACAACUCUAUCGGGAAUUUGAACAACAAAAGGUGUGCUACCUGCCCUUGACUGCUUUUGUUUUGAAGCCUCUGCAGCGUCUGCUUCACUAUCAACUGCUGCUCGAUCGUCUUCUUCGACAUUAUACAAAGGAUCAUCCAGAUUAUGAAGAUUGUUAUGCAGCCAAGAACAAAUUAAGUGCUACUGCCCAAAAUGUACCAACAAUUCUUAAGGAAUCUGAGAAUUUUGUCCAGUUGUGUGAACUGCAGCGAGAUAUGGUUGGAUUCGAUAACUUGGUGCAAGCUGAUCGUGAUUUUCUACGCCAGGGUUGUUUAAUGAAGUUGUCUAGGAAAGGUUAUCAGCAGCGCAUGUUUUUCUUGUUCUCUGAUGUGCUGCUCUAUGCAAGUCGAACAGCCCAACCCUGUGUGCAAUUCCGUGUUCAUGGUCAGUUGCCGCUGAGAGGUGUGUUGGUAGAGGAAGCGCCUGACAAUCGUAUGGGAGCUAGCUUUGCCUUUACUAUAUAUGGAGGCAACAGGGCCCUGACAGUUGCUGCUAGCUCCCAGGAAGAAAAGGACAAAUGGCUAGAAGACUUGAGUGUGGCUGUGCAGGCAGCCAAGGAGAGAGGAGACAACCGUCUGCAGUACCUCAGCCUCAAGAGUUGCAGUUCAUCAGAUGAGGUGAUGGACAAGUGUGGCGAGGAAGGCAAUGCAAACCGAGAGAAAGCACCUCCUGUGCAACGUAGCAACACCACUGUUCAUGUUUGCUGGCAUCGUAACACCAGUAUAAGCAUGCGUGAUCAGUUGAGAGCUGUUGAAAAUCAGUUGAGUGGUUACCUGCUUCGCAAAUUCAAGAACAGCAAUGGUUGGCAGAAGCUGUGGGUGGUGUUCACAUCCUUUUGUCUAUUCUUUUACAAAACUUUCCAAGAUGACUUCCCACUGGCCUCGCUUCCGUUGUUGGGUUACACAGUCACUACUCCAGCACCUACAGAUGGCAUUGCCAAGGACUACGUGUUCAAGUUACAAUUUAAAAACCAUGUAUACUUCUUCCGAGCUGAGAGCGAGUACACAUUUGGCAGGUGGAUGGAGGUAAUUAGCAGUGCGACACAGCAUUCUGGGCGAAUGCGUCUGUUUUCUCGAAAAGACAGUGCGCUUGGAGAGCCUCAGAAUUGACAUUGAAAAAUAACAUUUUGUGUGUUGAUGCACUGAAACAAGAAGUCACAAGUUUGCAUUUGAUACUCUUGAAGGAAUUCGCAGGGUAAACAGGAACAGAGGGAUAAACAGCCAUUGAAAGUCAUUGUUUAAAUGACUUAUUACACUUUUUAUUCAUUCCAAUUUUUCAAGGCUGCCAACAUUUUCUUAUUGUACAAUGCUCUUUAUUUUUCUGUUUAAGUUUUCACACUGUAAACACUAGUUUUAUACUUUCAUGCUGUAAGGUAAUAGAAGGUAAACUUCAAAAUAAAUGGUCUGAAAAUGUGUGUCUGAUAGUUCUCAUACGACUACAAUGAAUAGUGAGUCAUGAAAUAGGACCUGAAAGAAGUAUGUUCUUUAAUUGUGUAGAAUACAUGAGAUUCUGAAUGUCAUGUGUUAACAGAAUUCUAGGAUUUUUAUUACUUAUCUGCGACAUUCACAAGUUAAUUGGUAAUUAUUUUUUAUUUUGUUGACUCUGAAUGUUUAAUAUCAAUUGAUUUUAUAUAAAACAUGAAUUUGUAAAACACUUUCAGAUAAAACUAUAUAUCAAUAAUAGCUUAUGCUUUACCUUCAGUAGGACAAUUAUUGACAUUUAUAACAUUUUAAAAUUGUAUAUAUACUGUAAGAUAUUGUUAAGAAUCAGUAGGGUGGUGCUAAAACACCAAUCUUGCCAUUUAUAAUGGCAGCUGCUAUUUGUAAGAACUUACAUCACAUAAAAAUCACCAUCACAAAAAAUUGUGUAUAAAGGCCAUUGUGAGAUUAUCAAUUCUUUCAUUUGGAACUUAUCACUUACAGUACUUCAGGUAAGCUAGUGGGAUGGGAAGAAAGUUUUCAAAUUCACAAAUAAACAUAUUUUAAUGUAUUUGUUGUUGGUAUACCAGAUUAAAAAUUAAAUUGGAUUACUUUGUUUCAGAAUGUAUUUAUUCUUCAAUAUUUACAUUGUCUAAAAGAAUUCAUUGCUUUUUGCAGUAUACAUUAUUACAAGAAGGAAUGGUUAAAAUGAUCAGUGAUGCAACACUUUUCAACAUAAGGCUUUGUAUAUCUGAAUGCGACCAACCCAUGCCAAAUAACCAGUUUUAUGUAGUCCAGUUUCAUUGCCUUAUCAUUUUUGUUUUAUUACACAUCUUAGGCUACUUCAAAUAAUGAAUUGCAAAUAUAGAUUACCAAGUAGUCCAUUUUAUCAUCUGAUGACUGUUUAAUAGUAGCAUAAGGCUUCAAAAUAUUUGUUAGUAAUUAAAUGCUCAUUAGUGUAAACUUACUAAUUUUGUUCAUGUUACUCCUCAGAAAACAUGUUUUUAAAUUUACAAAUAAACAUAAUAUAGUUAAUACUUUUGGUGUUGUUAUUGUUGGGAUAAAGCAUGGUUCUUCCAAUCUUUAUCUGCUGAUAGUCAGAAGAGGAUGGUAACUUGGUUUGGUCUACAGGGGACAAAGUAUUGUCAGAAAGAAAGACCAAAAUCUCCAUUUUUCACUUUCUCCAUUUCCUUGAGAAAUCCUUGUGUAAUGACUUAAAUGUAAUUUCUCCUUAAAAAAUUAGCACAAGAGCUCAAACUUUAGAUUAACAAUGUUGCAAGUUCUCAUUUGACCAAUCAUUUUUUUUCAAAAACUAUGUGGCCUGACAAAUUUAUUUCCAAAAUCCAAAUUCUAAAUCAAUCAGCUGCUGAAAAGUAAUUUUUAAUGCAAGAAAUAAACUAGGCUAAUAAGAAAUCAAAUCCAUUUGUAUUUAUAAGUUCAUGAAAUAAUGAGCCAAGAUAAUUUUAUGAAAAAUUAAUUUUGAAACACCGUUUGAUGUGCGAGAUAUUGAUUUAUUGAUGACAUACUUGUGUGCUGGAAUUGCUUUUAAUAGCAAUUAUGCAUGUAGUAUAGAACAUAUUAGUAGAACAGGUAAAAGUUUGUCCAUUUAUCAUGAAUGCUAUUAAUUAAAAUUAAUUUAUAUUUAGGAACAAAGAAUUUAAAGCUGCAAAUGCCAUUUUAAUGAGGAAAUAUGAAGUAUUCAUGCAUUUGUUGUUAUUUAACAAAAAGUAUGAGCUGUAUAAAUUGUUGUUAUAAAAGUUAAGGAUGUUCUGUUUAUUUCUAAGUCUUCAGAAUGUUUGUUGAAAACUGAAAAUAAUAAAAAAAUAUUUCAGAGUAGAAGUUGCAAGAAAUUUUAAAUGUCAAAUUCAAUAAACUGAAGAUAGACACUCUUGAGCCUCAUUAUAAAUUCUUUUACAAUAUUUUCAGCCCCUUGAAAGGAGACGAUAUGCAUGUUUUCUAACAGUGUUUCAGACUUGUUGAGAAGAAUUUAACUUAUUUCCCUCUCCAUUAGAAGCAGUUAAUAAAUGCAGUGAAAGGCUCUAAGCUCCCGUGUGUGAUAAUGUGCAUGUAAGUAGAGACAAGGAAGAAAGACUAUGUGUGGUCCAAUUGUUAGGGUACUGCUCUGAAUGGUACUAACUGGUAUUGAUCAGACAUUUGAAAUUAGCAAGUAAUGUAGGCAGAGAUGCAACAGUUUAUUACUUUGAGAAAUGAAGAAAAAGGAAGCUUAAAGAUUUUUUCAAAUACAUGAACUAUCCUGCAUACAUUCUUUGUAAUAAAUAUAACAUAAUAAAUGUUUGUUGACAAUUUAUUUGAUAAAUUGAAAUAGCUCUUCCAACAGAGAUUAUAAGGACCAGUACUGAAAAAUAUAAUACUGGAACAUACAAGUAAAGCUG